CGCUUGAAAAUCGACAUUUAUUUUUUCUUUAAAAAGUAAUUAAUUAAUGAUUUUAUUUUCACAAAAUUCUUUUUAUGUAUUGCAGCUGCUGUUUCUUGUUAGAAACGUUUUUCGCCCUACUACUUCUAUAACAGGGUUCUCUCUUCUACGCCAUUUUUUCGAUCACUUUCGUUCUUCUCUUAUUUUCUUCAAUCUCUGCUGCCGCUUUCAAUUCUUUUCGGAUCCUCAGUUUAUAUCUCCCAAACCGAUCUCUUCCUCGUUCUCGUCUCUCUGGAAUCCUGAAAAGUUUAUUGGUAAGCUUUUGGCUGAAUAGAUGCCAGUUGCAAAACUUACUGCCCCGGGUACUUCCAAUUUUACGAAAACUGAAGAUGGGAAUGAUUCUUUGGACACCAUAAUCAGACAGGCAAUUGGAAAAGAAUCUUUGCUUUCCUUUCCUAGGACUGGUGACAGGCCAGGACAGUGGAUUCAAUUAUUUCAUGCUUUAGAACAGCAGCAAGCAGAUGUUCAAGGGUGGCCUUUGUUCUCUCCUGCAAAGGUUCAGAUAUAUAAGUGUGACAAGUGUUCCGGAGAGUUUUGCUCUCCUAUUAAUUAUAGAAGGCAUAAACGUAUACACCGUCGAUUGAAAAAGCUUGAUAAGGACUCUAAGAAAAGUAGGGAUCUUUUAGCUGCGUAUUGGGAUAAGCUCUCUGUAGAAGAGGCAAAGGAAGUUGUGUCAUUUAACAAUGUGAUGCUGGGGGAGGUUCCAGGGUCUUCAAUUUUACAAGCUCUCCCAACUCUUAGAACACAACAAGGAUUUUCUUCUCUUCCACAAAAUUAUCUCCGGGCUGGUUUUGCACUUUUGGAUAUUGUUCAAUCCAGGCCUUCUAGUUUUCCUAUAUCUUCCCAGAAAUUGUUCGGUAUUCUUGAUGAUUGCAGUGAAAAAACAUUUUUAUGUGGAACAGCAGCGUCAAUGCAUCGACACAUUUUUGACGGAGAGUCUGGAAAGAUUGGUCUUGAACCAAAAAACCUAGUUGCUUGCACAAGUUUCUUGCUAGAGCAGAAAUUGGUAAAGGAGUGGCUCGCAGACAAGGAGGCUGAAGCAUUGAGAUGCCAGAAGCUGCUGGUGGAGGAGGAGGAAGCUGCACAGAGAAGACAAGCUGCGAUUUUGGAAAGAAAACGUCAGAAAAAGCUUAGACAGAAAGAACAGAAAGCAAGGGAACGACUUGCAAAUGACACAGAAAUUAAAGGGAAUAUCAGCAGCACAGGAGACGAUGUAUCACAAGAGGAAGCAACUUCGGCUGCAUGUGAGUUUGAAGCACAUAGGGCGGAUGUAUCAGCAGAUCAUGCUUCUUCACUUCAUGUAACUUAUAACUGCCCAAACACCGAUGAAUAUGUCGACGGGGAUACACAAUCAGGAUAUGAUUGUGACACCGAUCAGAAUGUGGAACGGCAGACUUCACAAAGGGAUGCACAGUCAGGUUAUGAUUGUGACAUUGAUCGGAGUUUAGAGAGACAGACACCACAUGGACAUAAUCCUCGGCGAACAAUGGCUGCUAGACGGCAAGGGUUGCCUAAGUCACAACGUACUAUUGCCAAUAGUUUGUAUGCAAACCAGAACUCUCAAAAGUCGAAGUUUGGUGUCAGUCCAAAAUAUGGAACCAACCGUGAUCAAAGAGCAGCUCCUAUAGGUAAUGGUGGUAAAGUUUGGAGCCGAAAGCCUAAACCAGAAACAGAAGCAGUGGUUAUAAAAACCAGACUGGAUAAAGAACCCGACAAAAUUAAGAAUCAAGAAGUUCUGAUAGGAUCUGUAUUUGUUUCACUGGCCAAUUGCAGUCAAUCAGAGGGUAAUCUUGUCACAUCUCAAGCGAACGACGUAAUAGAGAAUUUGUCUGACCAAAAUAUUGCUCUGGAAAAGCCAAUGAAACCUGACUCCGUUCAGGGAGGCAACAAUCGGUCAAGAGUUAAGCUUUGGAGGCCGGUUAGCCAGCACGGAACUAAAAAUCCACCACCACUUCAAAGUGUUGGGACGACAGAAGUUGAUGUAGUUCAUGGAAAAGAUGAUCAGAAGUUGUUCGUUCAACGUGUUAAAGUAAAUUCAGAAAGCUCAGAAAGCUUUCGGUUGUCCAGCCUUACUGCAAAAGCCUUUCUUGCACAAAGAUGGAAAGAAGCAAUUUCGUCGCAUCACGUGGAGUUGGUUAUUUCUCCUGAUUCCGAACCUCGUGGAUUCCAGCCAGUCCAGGAUUGCGAACAAGCAUCAUGUCAGUCUUCUUCUAAUAUGGAGAGAUGUAGCAUUGUUGCAAAUACAGAGAACUGGUUGCCGCCUGCAUCAUCCAGAGUUGCUAAAUCCAAACCCAGAGCGAAGCCCGAGAAGGGAAUCAAGAUAAAGUAUAUUCCAAAACUAAAAGUUGCAGCUUAAACAGAAGAAUCAAAGGAAAUAGUUUUUUUUUUUUGAAACAGAUAUGCUCAAUUUGAUUUGUCGCCAAUUAAUUUAUUAUCAGAGGUUCCAGUUUUACCGAUGGUCUUCUGUCAGAAAAUUGAAGGUAGAUUUUGCCGGAAAGUAUUUGUGUUCCGUCCUUUUCCUUCAAACAGUCUCUCGAAGGGGAUUGUGCAUUAAGUUUUUUUUUUUUCUUUUUUUCUCAUGACAUUUGUUUACUGAAAUUGUGUAAUAAAUUUUUCUGUUGUAAAAGAGUGUCAUUUUUUAAUAGGAAAAAAAAAAGAUGUCUUCCCCUCCA